CUCCCUCCAUUUGAAAAAAAUAAAUAAAAAGUAAGUUCCUUUCUUUCUAUCUACUGCCAUUGUUUGCCUGUCGUCAUGAACUGCAAAGCAAAUCCAGUCUCUCUCUCUGCCACCUAAACCCAAACCCUAACCACCACAACCACCUGCUCUCUCCACUCUAAAGUCUGAAACUCUAAACUGCUCUAAACUCUAGACAUAGUAUGAUCUGAUUUUCUCUCUCCUCCAAAACCCAGAAAAAAAACCCCAGCUGAAAAAUGGGAUCUAUUGUCCCAUUUCCAGACCUGAAUCUUCUCCCUGACACACGAAUCUCAUCUUCUACACCAGUACCAGUACCAGCAGCAGUUAUUCGUCGUCCCAAGCUCGAAAUCCGGGUGAAAUCCGAACCCAUUGACGACCCCAUUUCAGAUAUCCAAACCCCUGAUUUAAUUCCUAGCUCCCCACCUCCUAAUGACCCCAAUUUUCUCGCUCUCGAACCUUCUCCUUCUACCCACGAAGAUUCCACCAAUGUUUACUCUGAAUUUUAUCGGAUUUCAGAGAUGUUUCGCUCUGCAUUUGCAAACCAAAUGCAGCAGCACCAACAUCCACAGCAGACUCCUCUGGACUCUGAUUCCGGUGCCAUUGUUGCUGUCCCUGAUGGGGAUAACCAUAUUUCAGCCCUGGCCGUGUCGGCCCCGAGUAUUCGGCGCCAAAAGAGGUCUAAUGAGCUUGUUCGUGUCACUAAUCUUAGUGUGGAGGAUCAGAGAUACUUCAGGGAUAUAGUGAGGAGGACUCGAAUGCUUUACGACGCGUUGAGGAUAUAUUCGAUGGCGGAGGAAGAGAGGAGGAUUGGUCCUGGAGCUGGGAGGCGAGCUCGUGGCGAUUUAAGAGCUGCUACAUUGAUGAGGGAUCGUGGGCUAUGGCUUAAUAGGGAUAAAAGGAUUGUUGGGUCAAUUCCUGGUGUGUUUAUUGGUGACUUGUUCUACUUUAGAAUGGAGCUUUGUGUGGUUGGUUUACAUGGCCAGUCUCAAGCUGGAAUUGAUUAUUUGCCUUCCAGUCAGAGUUCUAAUGGCGAACCUAUUGCCACCAGUAUUAUUGUUUCUGGUGGCUAUGAGGAUGAUGAAGAUGCUGGAGAUGUGCUUGUUUAUACAGGCCAUGGUGGUCUCGAUAAACUUCACAGGAUGUGCAAUCAUCAGAAACUUGAAGGAGGUAAUUUGGCUUUGGAAAGAAGUAUGCAUUAUGGUAUUGAGAUUAGAGUCAUUAGGGGUCUUAAAUAUGAAGGUAGUCUUACUACUAAGAUUUAUGUUUAUGAUGGUUUAUAUAGAAUUGUUGAGUCUUGGUUUGAUGUUGGGAAAUCUGGUUUUGGUGUCUAUAAGUUUAAGCUUAUUAGAAUUGAGGGUCAACCUGAAAUGGGUAGUACCCUUUUGAAACUUGCUCAUGGCUUGAGAACUAGGCCACUGCAAGUUCGAUCUGCGGGCUAUCUUAGUCUCGACCUUUCCGUGAAGAAGGAGAAAACCCCCAUUUUUGUUUUUAAUGAUAUUGAUUCCGAUAAAGACCCCUUGUACUAUGACUAUCUUCCAAGGACGGUGUUUCCGCCUUUCGUUUAUGCGGGUGGGAAUAUGGGUUGUAAUUGUGUUACCAGUUGUCAUGACGGGUGUUUGUGUGGGAUGAAGAAUGGAGGGGAGAUUGCUUAUGAUCAUAACGGCUUUUUAUUGAGAGGGAAACCUUUACUAUUCGAAUGUGGCAGCCAUUGUACCUGCCCGCCUAAUUGCCGGAAUCGUGUGAGCCAGAAAGGGCUGAAGAAUAGAUUGGAAGUGUUUAGGUCCAGGGAAACGGGUUGGGGAGUUCGAACUUUGGACUUGAUACAUGCUGGUGCUUUUAUAUGUGAAUAUGCGGGGGUUGUUCUUACAAGGGAGCAGGCUCAAGUUUUCACCAUGAAUGGAGACAGUCUUAUAUAUCCUGGUCGGUUUACAGAAAAAUGGGCUGAAUGGGGGGAUUUGUCCCAAAUAUAUCCAGAGUAUGUGAGGCCAACAUAUCCCUCUAUUCCUCCAUUGGAUUUUGCCAUGGAUGUUUCCAGAAUGAGAAAUGUUGCUUGUUAUAUAAGUCAUAGUACGAGUCCCAAUGUGAUGGUGCAGUUUGUGCUCUAUGAUCAUAACAACAUAUUGUUUCCUCAUCUUAUGUUGUUUGCGAUGGAGAAUAUCCCACCAAUGCGAGAACUUAGCCUUGAUUAUGGGGUAGCUGAUGAAUACACUGGAAAGCUCUCAAUCUGCAACUAGAUAGUUUCUUUCUACUGUCAUCUCUGGAUGUGGUACACUGGAGUGCGUAGAGAACAUGAUGCAGUGAGUAAGAAGUCUUUCUUUACUAGCUGGAGCAUGACAAAUAUUCCUCAUAGACAAAGAAAACAAUGGCUAAAAAUCCAGAAUUCAGUUUCGGAAAGCUCUCUGGAUUUGCUAUUGGUGGAGCCUCUCUUUCUACAUUAACUACCUAAUAACUUCAAAAGGAGAAAGAAAUGUGUGAAAGGUCCGACACUGCCAGACCAUAUGGGUGAGGUAAUUCAAAUUUGAUAACUGGAGAGGAGAUUUUGCUUUUGAGAAUGGCGUACAAUGAGUAAAAGCAAGGAGGUCAGCCUCGUACAAAGAUAAGACACAGAUUGUGGGAACUGGGAAGUGGGGAUGCAAUAUUGUCGGGCCCUCUUGGAGAUCUAAAUGGAAUUUAUCAUCCUCUCCACAUAAGCAAAUCUCUGCUGCUAGCUUCACAUGGUAGGAAACCAUGAUGAUCUCACGAAUUUGAUGGCCGUGGAGAUUCUUUCAUUAGUUUGCCCUUGCAGUCUCCAAAAACACAUCUAAAGGCUACAUUUGCACUCUCCUAGAUCUACCGGAGUAUUUUGGGCUUUUCCGUCAUACAAUUUUGUUCAUCAAGAUGGUUGGAUGUUGUGUGGGCAAUGGGUUCUACUACACCUAUCUAUACCUAGGAACUUUAUAAUUUUAGAUGUUGUGGAGAAUCCAAAACUAGCAAUGGAGCUUUAGCAACUUAAGUUAUGAAGCAACUUGGUUCCUUGAUGGAGACUACCGCCUUUGUUGCCUUACUACUCUCAAGGUAGUCAUACUUACCCUUGAUUUCUGAUCCAAAGGAAUCCGUUUCUAACAUCUCGCUUGGAGCUAAGCUAAAAAUGUCUGUAGGCUGAUAUGCAAAAUUGUAAUUUGUGUUUCAACUGUAUAUAUAUGAUGUUGAAAAUUGCAUAAGAACGUGUACAGUUAGAAAUUGAAUUUAUGCGUGGAGAGUGGUUGGGUGGAUGAGUGAGUGGUUGGAUUAGGGUGCUCCAUUUCUGUGUUCCAUUGGAUCUGCAGGUAGUUCUUGUAGUUCUUGGGACAUGUCUGUUUACUGUGUUGAAAAUUUUACAGCUCCAGAA